AUGAGGAGUAUAAUCCUGAUUUCCCUGCUGGGCUGGUGCUGCUGCUACAGGAUCCUGGUGGUGUUCCCGCUGCCGGGGGGCAGGAGUCACAGUAUCCUUGGGGAGGGGGUCGUGCGCCAUCUCCUGGCCGCCGGACACGAUGUGACAUACAUCACGGCGGUCCCUUCGAAAUUAUCUGCUCCCAGACUACGGCAGAUCGACGUAUCAGCUAACAGGAAGGUUUUUAACCCGGAGGACUUGUGCGACAUUGACAAGGUCCUGAGGCAAGGGGAAGAGGUCGAUUUCAACCAGAACGCAGUCGCCCACCAGCAUCUAAUGGUGUCCAACUACACGGCCACGCAUGAACACGUGCAGAAGCUGAUGAUGGACUCGAGGGAAGAGUUCGACUUGGUCAUUCUUGAUUGGAUUAUAAAUGAAUUCUUAGUCGGUUUGUCUACGGUGUUUAACUGCCCUUUCAUCUGGGUGUCCUCACUGGAGCCCCACGGGAUGGUGUUGUCCCUGAUAGACGAGUGGACGGACCCGUCAUACGUUCCCUCCGCCCACUUCAGGGCCACCCCGCCGUUCACGUUCGCACAGCGGGUCAGGCAGUUGUGGACCAUCGCCAAGAUUAAAUAUAUCAGAUGGCAGCUAAUGUCUGAAGAACAAGUACUAUAUGAGCGGGCGUUCGGCCCCGCGGUCGCCAUGCGAGGCCGGCAGCUGCCUCUAUUGGAGGACGUGAAAUACAACGCGUCUCUGAUGCUAGGCAACUCGCAUGUGUUGACCGGGCAGGCCACCAAGCUGCCGCGAAGCUACGUGCCCGUAGCUGGGUACCAUAUUCAAGAAAAACCUUUACCUGCAGAUUUGCAAAGGAUCAUGGAUGACGCCAAAAAUGGGGUAAUUUACUUCAGUAUGGGGUCCAUGUUGCAAGCCAAGCGCAUGCCAGAGACCCUGAAGCAGGGUCUCCUGGCCAUGUUGGGGAGUUUAAGACAAACUGUCAUUUGGAAACUGGAAGAAACACUGGAAAAUGUGCCAAAGAAUGUCCACAUUAUCAGUUUUGCACCGCAGCAGAGUAUUUUAGCUCACCCUAACUGCCUCCUAUUCAUCACCCACGGCGGACUGCUCUCCACCAACGAAGCCCUCCACUUCGCCGUCCCAAUCCUCGGUGUGCCCGUGUUCGGAGACCAGUUCCAAAACGUGAACCGAGCCGUCCAGAAGGGGUUCGCGGGACAGGUUCGGCUGAGCCACGACGAGCUUCCACGAGAUUUGAAAUUAGCGAUCGAAGAGAUGGUUGGAAAUCCCAAGUACCGAGAGAAAGUGAAAGAGUUGUCGUCCAUCUACCACGACCGGCGCGCUCCCGGCGCGGAGCUGGUGCACUGGGCGGAGCACGUGGUGCGCACGCGCGGCGCGCCGCAUCUGCGCUCUCCUGCGCUCCUGGUGCCCUGGUAUCAGAAGAUGUACCUCGAUCUGGUGGCCCUGGUGUUUGUACUUGUUUUCUUGAGUGUUUUUGUUAUAAGAAGGUUAGUGUCGAAGAAGAUUGAUGUGAACAAAAAGAAUAAAUGA